UGCACAGCACAAUGUUUGCCCCUCCAGAGCAAACUCCGUAGUCCACAAGCUAAGUCAGGUUUCUUCGAUACACAGCACCAAUCCAGAGACCAGUAUAAGAAGGGGGAGAAAACGAGCCAUUGCAUCACCACCACCACACCAGCAGUCGAACACCACCGUCGCGGUGCAGGCCAGCAGCCAUGGGUCUCUUCGGCAAGAACACCUCCAAGCAGACCGCCAAGCUCAAGUCCCUGGUCAAGCUCGCCGCCGCGCGCCUCGCCGUCGUCCGCCGCCCUCGCCUCGGCCGCCGGUCCAUCGCCCGCAGGGACGUCGGACAGCUCCUCGCCAUCGGUCACCUCGACCGCGCUCUGCUCCGCGCGGAGCAAGUGAUAGAGGAGGACAACAUGCUGGAGGUGCUCGACAUCAUAGAGCUCUACUGCAAAAUCCUCAUCGAGCAGGCUGCGCAGCUGGAGAAGCCCAAGGAAUGCAGCGAGGAGAUCAAGGAGGCGGCGGCGGGGCUGAUGUUCGCGUCGGCGCGGUGCGGCGAGCUGCCGGAGCUGCUGGACGCGCGCGCCAUCCUGGCGGACAAGUUCGGCAAGGACUUCGGCAUGGCGGCAAAGGAGGGCUCGCAUGGCGUCGUCGACCCGACGUUGGUUUGGAAGUUGUCGGGCAAGAGGGCGAGCCUGGAGCAGAAGAGGAGGUUGGCCAAGGAGAUCGCUGCCGAGAACGAUAUCUUGCUGGACUUCCCUGAGAGCCCAAUUGAGAUUCACCAGGGCAAACAAAGCGAGCAAACCAAGAACGCGCCAGUCAAAGAAUUUGUCGAACAGAGUGAGGUCAAGGCAGAUCGUCAUGAGGUGCAGGGGAGGCAGAAAAUUGUUGAUGAUAACAAGAACCCCAGCCUUACUCAGCUGAGAGUAGAAGAGAGAGUGUUGAGGGAAUCCAAGAAGUACCUCGACGCCAGGAUGGCGGCGGAGGCGGCCUUCGAGUCGGCGUCGUUCGCCGCGAUGGCCGCUCGGGCUGCCGUGGAGCUGUCUCGGUUGGAGUCCCAGGGGAAGGGAUCGAGAGGCGGUGGCUACGACAAGGUGCAUCCCGUGCAGAACUCGGCACCCCAGAAGUCUCCGUCGCCGUCGCCGUCGUGGAGCGACAUGAGCACGGUGACCUCGGUCGGGUCGGGCGCGGCGCACAAGGGGAAGAGCGUCGUGUUCGACCAGAGCGACGAGGAAGAAGACGAGGUACAAGAGGACGUCGUCUGGCCGCCGCAGCAGCGCCGCGCCCCCUACAGGAGGGCGGUCUCCAUGAUGGGCACCGGCCGCGGCGGCGCGUGGCACGGAGAGGCCGGCAGGAUCAGUGCCGCCGGCACACGGCCGUUCCAGGACGACGGCGCGCGCGACAACAAUCCGCUGCACGCGCAGUCACCGCACAGGAGGCACGCCACAGAGUUCGGCGGCGGCAACGCGCACGCGCUUGACGAGUCCCUGGCGCAGUGCGGCCAGUACGCGACCCCGCCGUACCGGAGGAACCCGACGGCCAACACAGGAGCCAACGGCGGCGCGUACGAGAGCUCGGCGUACGUGCACCCGCCGUACUCGAGGAUCGUGUCCGCGCUGGAACGCAGCAACGAGCACAUCGCGCGGCACGAGGAGGUGCGUACGAUCGGCACGGACGCGCGGGUGAUCCAGGAGAGGGUGUACGGCGCCGCGCCCGGACAGGGGCACGGACCGCUGAACCCGGAGAGGAGGGCCAUCUCGGUGCGCACGAGGAGAUGAGCGCUCUUCGGUUGCAGAAUUACAGCAAGUGGCCAUUCGUCACUCGUCAGUUCAGAGCCGGAAUGUCACCUGUUGGAAUUCAAGGAGCUUAGGUUCCGGCGCAGGAAUCGGGUCCGUUGCUUCGCAGGCAGAGUGGUUUGCUGCGGGAUUCCCUGCCUCUGGAAAAUCGCAAGGGUUAAUCAAAUAGAACUAGGUUGUAGCUAGGAACGAAUGGAUUGUGCGUCGAGCGGAUAAUGGAUGUGCGUAGGUUGCUCAUCUUUUUUGUACAGAGGAGUGGGGUGUUGAAUUGUGAUAAACUGCCGAUUGUUUUAUAGUAAACAUGGAGGAGUUUUGCA